AGACGUGUCUUGCUGGGAUCCUUGGAGGCGCUUCCCUGUUGUCAGGACCUGGAAGGCUGUGUUUAGUCCUCCUGCACUUCGUGGACCUAGCGAAGCAGCGUGGGGAGGCGGAAACGACGGCGACGGCGGCGGUCCGGCCUGGGAUCGGAGGCCACUGGGAGCCCAGCUAUGGCUGAAUCGGUGGAGCGGCUACGACAGCGGGUUGAGGAGCUGGAGCAGGAACUCGCCCGGGAGAGAAGCCGGCGGUCCGAAGGGGAUGGCCACUGCGGCCGGACCCGCAUCCAGGAGAUGAGCGACGAGGUGGUGGACUCCAAUCCCUACAGCCGUCUGAUGGCACUGAAACGGAUGGGAAUUGUCAGUGACUAUGAGAAAAUCCGUACCCAUGCUGUAGCAAUAGUAGGUGUUGGUGGAGUUGGUAGUGUGACUGCCGAAAUGCUGACAAGAUGUGGCAUUGGUAAGUUGCUACUCUUUGACUAUGACAAGGUGGAGCUGGCCAACAUGAAUCGGCUUUUCUUCCAGCCGUAUCAAGCAGGACUGAGUAAGGUCCAUGCAGCGGAGCACACCCUGAGGAACAUUAACCCUGAUGUUGUGUUUGAAGUUCACAACUACAAUAUCACCACAGUGGACCACUUUGAACAUUUCAUGAGUAGAAUAAGUAAUGGCGGAUUAGAAGAAGGACAACCUGUUGACCUAGUUCUCAGCUGUGUGGACAACUUUGAAGCUCGUAUGGCAAUAAAUACAGCUUGUAAUGAACUUGGUCAGACAUGGAUGGAAUCCGGGGUCAGUGAGAAUGCAGUUUCCGGGCACAUCCAGCUCAUGGUCCCUGGAGAGUCGGCUUGCUUUGCGUGUGCACCACCACUUGUAGUUGCUUCAAAUAUUGAUGAAAAGACCCUGAAGCGAGAAGGCGUCUGUGCAGCCAGUCUCCCCACCACCAUGGGGGUGGUGGCUGGGAUCUUGGUACAAAAUGUAUUAAAGUUUUUGUUAAAAUUUGGCAGUGUCAGUUUUUAUCUUGGAUACAAUGCAAUGCAGGAUUUUUUCCCUACCAUGUUGAUGAAGCCAAACCCUCAGUGUGAUGACAAAAACUGUAGGAAGCAACAAGAAGAAUACAAGAAGAAGGCAGCAGCGCUGCCCACACAGGAGGCUGCACCAAAAGAGGAGGCAGAGGUAGUUCAUGAGGACAACGAGUGGGGUAUUGAGCUGGUGUCUGAGGUUUCAGAAGAGGAGCUGAAGAACUCUUCAGGUCCCGUUCCCACCUUACCUGAUGGGAUUACAGUGGCAUACACAGUUCCAAAGAAGAGAGAGGAUUCUGUUUCUGAAGUAACAGUGGAAGAUUCUGGUGAAAGCUUGGAAGAUCUCAUGGCCAAGAUGAAGAACAUGUAGACAGUGGACUGGCUUCUGUCUGUUUCUGUGCUUAUGUUAUUCGCUUGGAAUUAAGCAAUCGGAAUAAAACUUAGCGCCACCUUCGAUGGCAUGUGUACUUUCA